CAGCGCAGCUCGGGAUCAGCCAGCCGCCUCGCGUCAACAGCGGAGGCUUUGCGGCCUGGGUUUACUCCAGCGCUGCUGACGUAACGUCAUCUUGCGGGACGUGGACGGAAGAAAAAGAGGAGUAAGCCGGUGCGAGAGACGCGUGGCGUGGAGUGCGGGCCGGGUGGUGGGGCCCGGCGGCUGAGGCGAGGCAGAUACCUUGGUCAGUGACCACCUCACAGCAUGUUGAGUCAAGUCUGCCGCUCUGGGUUCCAGUCUUUCACCCAGCGUCUCCUGCCCUGGGUCCAGUCCACAAUACUCAACAGAUCUCGUCAUGUUCAGCCUUCAGCCAUCAGACAUGUUCGUUCUUGGAGCAACAUACCCUUUAUCACUGUGCCCCUCAGUCGUACACAUGGCAAGUCUUUUGCCCACCGCAGUGAGCUGAAGCAUGCAAAGAGAAUUGUGGUGAAACUUGGAAGUGCCGUGGUGACCCGAGGGGAUGAAUGUGGCCUGGCCCUGGGGCGCCUGGCGUCUAUUGUUGAGCAGGUGUCAGUGCUGCAGAAUCAAGGCCGAGAGAUGAUGCUGGUAACGAGUGGAGCUGUAGCCUUCGGCAAGCAGCGCUUGCGUCAUGAGAUCCUUCUGUCUCAGAGCGUAAGGCAGGCCCUACACUCAGGGCAGAACCACCUAAAAGAGAUGGCGAUUCCAGUCUUAGAAGCCCGAGCCUGUGCAGCUGCUGGACAGAGUGGGCUGAUGGCCUUGUAUGAAGCCAUGUUUACCCAGUACAGCAUCUGUGCUGCCCAGAUUUUGGUGACCAAUUUGGAUUUCCACGAUGAGCAGAAGCGCCGAAACCUCAAUGGGACUCUUCAUGAGCUUCUGCGAAUGAACAUCGUCCCCAUUGUCAACACAAACGAUGCUGUUGUCCCUCCAGCAGAGCCCAAUAGCGAUCUCCAGGGGGUAAAUGUUAUUAGUGUUAAAGAUAAUGAUAGCCUGGCUGCCCGUCUGGCUGUGGAAAUGAAGACUGACCUCUUAAUUGUUCUCUCAGAUGUAGAAGGUCUCUUUGACAGCCCCCCAGGGUCAGAUGAUGCAAAGCUCAUUGAUAUAUUUUAUCCUGGUGAUCAGCAGUCUGUGACAUUCGGAACCAAGUCCAGAGUCGGAAUGGGUGGCAUGGAAGCCAAGGUGAAAGCGGCUCUCUGGGCUUUACAAGGUGGUACUUCUGUGGUCAUUGCCAAUGGGACCCACCCCAAGGUGUCUGGGCAUGUCAUCACAGACAUUGUGGAGGGAAAGAAAGUUGGCACUUUCUUUUCCGAAGUAAAACCUGCAGGCCCUACUGUGGAGCAGCAGGGAGAAAUGGCUCGAUCAGGAGGAAGGAUGUUAGCCACUUUGGAACCUGAGCAGAGAGCAGAGAUUAUCCAUCACCUGGCCGAUCUGUUGACAGACCAGCGAGAUGAGAUCCUGUUAGCCAACAAAAAAGACUUGGAGGAGGCCGAAGGGAGACUUGCAGCUCCUCUGCUGAAACGUUUGAGCCUCUCCACGUCUAAAUUGAACAGCCUGGCCAUCGGUCUGCGGCAGAUUGCGGCCUCCUCCCAGGACAGUGUGGGGCGGGUUUUGCGCCGGACGCGAAUUGCCAAAGACUUGGAGCUAGAACAAGUCACUGUCCCAAUUGGAGUAUUGCUGGUCAUCUUUGAGUCUCGCCCUGACUGUCUACCCCAGGUGGCAGCCUUGGCUAUAGCAAGUGGUAAUGGCUUGUUACUCAAAGGAGGGAAGGAGGCCUCACACAGCAACCGAAUCCUUCACCUCCUGACCCAGGAGGCCCUCUCAAUCCAUGGAGUCAAGGAGGCUGUACAGCUGGUGAAUACCAGAGAAGAAGUAGAAGAUCUUUGCCGUUUAGACAAAAUGAUAGAUCUGAUCAUUCCACGAGGCUCUUCCCAGCUGGUCAGAGACAUCCAGAAAGCUGCUAAGGGCAUCCCAGUGAUGGGGCACAGUGAAGGCAUUUGCCACAUGUACGUGGAUUCAGAGGCCAGUGUCGACAAGGUCACCAGGCUAGUUAGAGACUCCAAAUGUGAAUAUCCAGCUGCCUGUAAUGCUUUAGAGACCCUGUUAAUCCACCGAGACCUGCUGAGAACACCAUUGUUUGACCAGAUCAUUGACAUGCUGAGAGUGGAACAGGUGAAGAUUCAUGCAGGCCCCAAGUUCGCCUCUUAUCUGACCUUCAGCCCCUCUGAAGUGAAGUCCCUCCGAACUGAGUACGGGGACCUGGAGCUGUGCAUUGAAGUGGUGGACAGUGUGCAGGAUGCCAUCGACCACAUCCACAAGUAUGGCAGCUCACACACGGAUGUCAUCGUCACCGAGAAUGAGAAGACAGCUGAGUUCUUUCUCCAGCACGUGGACAGUGCCUGUGUGUUCUGGAACGCCAGCACUCGCUUCUCUGAUGGCUACCGCUUUGGACUGGGAGCUGAAGUGGGAAUAAGUACAUCUCGAAUCCACGCCCGGGGGCCAGUGGGACUAGAAGGGCUACUGACUACCAAGUGGCUGCUACGAGGGCAGGACCACGUGGUCUCGGACUUCUCAGAGCACGGAAGUUUAAAGUACCUUCAUGAGAACCUCCCUAUUCCUCAGCGAAACACCAACUGAGCGCUUUCAGAGGAGAGCCGGGCGUGUCCGAGGGGUCUUCACAGUGAAGCUCAUCUCAAGCAUCUCGGGCUGAGCCCCGUCUUGUCUCCCACCUCCUGGUAGGACCUGUCUGUUGGAAAGUGCACCUCCAUGCUUCUGGGCUGUGUGGCAACAUCAAUCUGGGCUAAGGACUCGUGUUCCAGCGCCCCCCCUUCUCUUUUUUUCUUUUCUCUAAGUUAGAACAUAAUUGCUCUAGAUAGGGAUUUUGCAUGAUUGCUACAGAGAGGGACAUUGCUUCACAUAGUGCAAUUCCUUUUGAUGAUGAAAACAGAAAGGUCCGGUUUUCCCACAUAAAAGGCAAUGGAAAAAUCACAGUCACUUUUUACCUUUUAUCACCUCAAUGAGGUAGAGUCUCCUUUGGCCUUUGGUUGUUACAAGAGCCAGUCAUACCUGACAAGUCUCUCCACAUUUCAUUUCUUUCACACUCUUGGUCUUCAGAAAUGAGAGAUUUAGAAUUUGGAGAGGGGCAGUUCUUAUUAGCAUUCUCAUCAGAAAUAGUCACAGAGAUGGACUAAAUCAUUUGCACUGGGCGGGUUGGCCUUCUGUAUUUAUCUGUGGAGUGAAUAUAAAAAGCUUUCUAACUGCUUGGCAGCCUCUCCAGAUCCAGAGCUCAGCCCUACUUGUGACAUGGCUGGAACCAAAGCUGUGGAUGGGAGGUGCAAGUUUGAGGAUGAAGUACCUACCGCCAUUGUGCUUGAAAUUUUUAUAUGAGUUAUUUUGUCGUCCUUUCUCUCCAAAACAAAAAAUUAGAGAAUUAUUUUAAUACUUUGGAUUCUUCCCCCCUUUUUGAGAAAUAAAGUUCUUAUGAAAAGCC